AUGACUCCGGACCAGCCUCGGCACUUCACGGCCCUUGCCGCCUACAUGUCAGAUCCUUUUCAGCCACACCAAGUGAACUCUCCGGAGCACAUGUUCAACAUGGACCGCUACUCAAGCCUUACCGACGCCGCAGCCAUGCUAUCUCCGCUUACCUCAAGGGACGACCUCGACAGAUACAAGGCCCUCCCAUCACCGUCGCAGGUAGAGCGCAUUCUAGAACUACAAAGGAGGCCCAAUUUGGACCGUUACGCCAGUUACAGUGAACUUGAGUUUGGUAAACCGUACGUCACACGGCUUCCGACUGUGGAAGAGGGCGUGGAGCCUCCGCUCGGACCUGCAUCUGGGUUCCUGGGGACGCCGAAGCUGGCAAAGUCUGCAACGUUCAAAUCGAAACCUGACGAAAAGGGGGAGCAGUGCAGGACGAGCACGGGGUCGUCGUCUUCAUCUAGUUCAGAAGAAACGGAACUCGAAAGUGUGGAUACAGUGCCAGAGUUGAAACCGAUUCGGAAAGAUAUCUACUCGAUGAGUCUUGUGGAGACAGCUGAGCAGGUGGGAAGCUCAAUCCAGGAAAAGAUACGACGGUUUGAGCAAGAAGCGGCGGAAAAAUUGCUUCGCCGUCCAGUGGACCCGUUUGUUAGUGAACUGAAGAGAAGCAAGGCGUACUUGGAGCGAGCUAGGGUCCACACUACGAACGACAACGGUGAUCAAGUCGAGAGGAACGAGGAGAGCUCAACAGCGAGCACUGCAAGCACUGCUCCUCCAGGAGAACAUGACCUUCAGCGAGGUUUUGUAUCAGAAUCGAAGUACGCCAAUAUCGCCGCUAGGUUUGGGGGCAAGGUUGUGCUCCCAACUUUUGGAAACACUAUGCCAAUCUAUUCAAACAACGAUGACACACAGACGACCGCCAGAGCCAUGGAAGCUGCCACGAUGGAUACACGCGUGGCAUCGCCUGCUUUGACACCACCAGCGAUGUCACUGCGGACACUGUCUAGGGCUGGUUCAACGUUCAAGGAUGAAUCGUCCCACGUUUCCGUAAAAGACAGCAUUGUCCCCUCGUUCUCAGCGAAGGAGAACACUUCUUACACUCUAUCGGUGAAAGAGGGAGUCAUGCCACCUUUCUCUGGAAAGGACGAUCUUCAAUGUCGCUUUCUGGCUCACGAACUCGCCGGGUAUUCUAUCCCAGGACUGAAGACUACAGUGUACUCAUCUACAGCCGAUGGUUGUGACUACUCAGGCGUGUCUAUGAAAGAUAGCAUAGUCGAAUCCCAGCUUUCUAAUGUUGACUACUUCAACAAUUCUGUAAAAGGAGGCGCAGUUCAUUCUGUGCCAUCUAGGCAUGACGAUGAAUAUUUUGGAGCUGCUGGUGUCGUUAACUACCCCACCCUUGCAAGUCGUUCAAACAUUUCUAGUCACGGUAUGCAACCUAUCAAUACAUCCAAGCGCAGCAGCACAACCUACUCGCAACCUUCAACGGAAACGGACGGUAUGCAACGUCCUGCUCCGUUUACACAGGAAGAGGCAGUUCAUUCUGUACCAUCAGCGCAUGAAGUCGGCUACCUUCGCGCCCCAACCGAAAACACAGUAUACGUCGAACAGACAAAGCACGAUCCCCGUUUUUCUGUUGCGUCGACGAGAACUAGCAUUACUCAUUCUAAGACCUCCAGCCAUCGGGUGGAACUCUCCGGAGCUCUCAGUGGAGAUCAUCUUUCUCAGCUGCUGUCAUCCCUGACUGAUGCACAAGCGGGGACGAAUGUUGGUCCUUCAUCUAGAGAAGUCAACCAGCACUUCAAAGCGUCGACACAUGAUGUGCUACCAGUGGACCUGGCUGCCCGCAGAGAGUUUUCGCAGUAUGCAGCACAUAACGAUGAACUACUUGGUGAUCCCAUGAAAGAAGAUACAGCCCAACCUCAAUUUGCUGCUUAUGCAGCCGAGCUGAUGACUCCCCCCUUGCAAGACGGCUCUGCCUACUCUCAUGUGUCUUAUAAUCCCGAACAGACAUUCUUUUCGAACGUAUCGUCCAAGAACACUGACCUGUCGAAGUUGAUUGAAGGCCCUUGUGAAGGACAGAUAGCAGAUGUUGAAAGGGGAGAUGUUCCGCCUUUGACAACGCUUCCCGAAUCAGCUUGCUCUGAUGUGAGCAAGGCAGCUUCGCGACACUCGCGAGUGUCUAAUGACUUAUCGUCACGACAGCGAACGACCGAGCAUGACUCAUUCUGUAGAACGUCGAAGCCUUCGUACUCAGACAACGAGAUGCUCGCUCAGCCUGGAACAUCUAAGCAGACCGAUUUUCGAGGUUAUUCUCCAGGAAAGUCGAGGACAAUAAGAGGGAGCGACAAACGGCAACGCCGAAGCGUUACGACGAUAUCAAGUCCAUUUCCUCGUAGCUCCACAACCGUCAUGACAGAUGGUUCGACUCUGUCCAGUUCGACAACGAGUGAUUCGUCCUCGAAGUCCAGCUCGAAGUCUUCGUCGUCUACCAUGUCGAGGCAACAUGGCACAACGUCCACUUCUACAGCGUUCUCACCGCAUGACUAUUACUCCUCGUCCCAGGUUCCUACUAUGGGCAAGCUGAACAGCGUUCUCAACAUAUCUGGACACAGCACCAAGCUCACUUCAGACACCUGCUCUUCAAGACAGUGGUUACUUAAGAGCCAACAUAAUCUUACAGCACCGGUUCCUUCGCGGUCGGUAAAUUUACCGGCCUCUACGAACUAUUUCCAACCUAAUUUACAAGAAAUGGAGACGUACGCCGGUUCCACCUCUCGACGCCAUGUUCCACUGACACCUCCUCCAGCGCCGCCACCGUCACCACCAGAUUUUCCGCAGUCCAUGUUGCGUGUGCCUAGCGUCCUACAGCAGCUCGCGAAGCAAGAGCUUUCAGCAUCAAGGCUUCCUUCAACGUUUAAAGUUCAAGCAGCUAACAAGGAGUCGGCCAUUUUGUCAGCCUCUGGAGAACCCAAGCCUGGUGCCGAUAAGUCAGUUGAUGCUUGCCAGACUGAAGGCUCUAAGCGGUCCAACGUCUGCAUACCAGCAGAGGGAGCAGAUUCGAAACGUUCUGCUGAUUCGAAAAGCUCCAAACAAUCUAAGAAGUCAGCUCCUUCGAAGAAGUCCAUCUUGUCCAAGCAAAGCUUUGGUCUCUAUGAUUCAAUGCAACAUCUACCCUCGACUUUCAAGCAACUACCGAUGAAACAUCAAGCAAAGCAUCAUGGGCAGCGUGAUAAUCCUAUGAUGAUGCACUUUUGUGUUGCUGUCAAUCUUAUCUUGAUUAGUGCAUUGAUUGGAAUAGUUGUUGCGUACUUUUUAGGAUUGAAUCACGUGGAACACGUAGAAAGGCCUAACGUGCGCUUCUGA